GUCGUCCGGGUUGCGGCCGUGGGUCGGCCCUGCGGCUUGUCCCCGAGGGUCUCCGCGGCUCUGGUUUUGGGGAGCACCGUGCAGGAGCCUGGGGGGCCUGCCUGGCCUUCGGCCCCUGCAGGGCCGCCUGGCUGGGGUGGGAGCCCAAGUCUCGCGGGAAGGGAGCGGCCGCCCGGGCCUGGCUGCAGCCCUGCGGGAAGGAUGGGCCUGCGGCUGGCCGCGGCGUGUCUCCUGGAGGCCAGCGGCUGCCCGUGCGCCUGCACUGCACUGCCCCCCGGCUGGCACGGCCGCCCCCCGCCCGCCGUCCUGUGAGCGGGGGUCCUGCCAGCUGUGCUCCCAGCCGCCAGUGAGGCUGCUCAUGUGGUCGGAGCUUGUGACAGGGGGGCCCGUGGUCAGGUGACGAGGACCGGCGGCAGCCCUUAGUGCUGGUUACGAGUUUCCAGGGCCUGAGGCCCAGCGCCUGCGCCAUGUCGGGAUCCACGCAGCCCGUGGCACAGACGUGGAGGGCCACCGAGGCCCGCUACCCGCCCCACGGCAUCUCCUACCCCGUGCAGAUCUCCCGACCCCAUGCGGACGUGGGGCUGCUGGAGUACCAGCCCGCCCGGGACUACGCCUCGCACCUGUCGCCCGGCGCCAUGAUGCAGCCCCCGAGGAGGAGGCCCUCCCUGCUGUCCGAGUUCCAGCCCGGGAGCGAACGGUCCCAGGAGCUGCACCUGCGCCCUGAGUCCCACGCGUACCUGCCCGAGCUGGCCAAGUCGGAGAUGGAGUUCAUGGAGAGCAAGCGCCCGCGCCUGGAGCUGCUCCCCGAGCCCCUGCUGCGGCCGUCCACCCUGCUGGCCUCGGGCCAGCCCGGCGGCUCUGAGGACCUCACCAAGGAGCGCAGCCUGACGGGCAAGCUGGAGCCUGUGUCGCCCCCCAGCCCCCCGCACGCCGACCCUGAGCUGGAGCUGCUGCCGCCCCGGCUGUCCAAGGAGGAGCUGAUCCAGAACAUGGAUCGCGUGGACCGCGAGAUCAGCAUGGUGGAGCAGCAGAUCUGCAAGCUGAAGAAGAAGCAGCAGCAGCUGGAGGAGGAGGCCGCCAAGCCGCCCGAGCCCGCGAAGCCCGUGUCGCCCCCGCCGCUGGAGUCCAAGCACCGCAGCCUUGUGCAGAUCAUCUACGACGAGAACCGGAAGAAGGCCGAGGCUGCGCAUCGGAUCCUGGAAGGCCUGGGGCCCCAGGUGGAGCUGCCGCUGUACAACCAGCCCUCGGACACCCGGCAGUACCACGAGAACAUCAAGAUAAACCAGGCGAUGCGGAAGAAGCUCAUCCUGUACUUCAAGCGCAGGAACCACGCUCGGAAGCAAUGGGAGCAGAAGUUCUGCCAGCGCUAUGACCAGCUCAUGGAGGCGUGGGAGAAGAAGGUGGAGCGCAUCGAGAACAACCCCCGGCGCCGCGCCAAGGAGAGCAAGGUGCGCGAGUACUACGAGAAGCAGUUCCCGGAGAUCCGCAAGCAGCGGGAGCUGCAGGAGCGCAUGCAGAGCAGGGUGGGCCAGCGGGGCAGUGGGCUCUCCAUGUCGGCUGCGCGCAGUGAGCACGAGGUGUCUGAGAUCAUCGACGGCCUCUCAGAGCAGGAGAACCUGGAGAAGCAGAUGCGCCAGCUGGCCGUGGUCCCGCCCAUGCUGUUCGACGCGGACCAGCAGCGCAUCCGGUUCAUCAACAUGAACGGGCUCAUGGACGACCCCAUGAAGGUGUACCGGGACCGCCAGGUCACCAACAUGUGGAGCGAGCAGGAGAAGGAGACCUUCCGCGAGAAAUUCAUGCAGCACCCCAAGAACUUUGGCCUGAUCGCUUCGUUUCUGGAGAGGAAGACGGUGGCCGAGUGUGUCCUCUACUACUACCUGACCAAGAAGAACGAGAACUACAAGAGCCUGGUGAGGCGCAGCUACCGGCGCCGGGGCAAGAGCCAGCAGCAGCAGCAGCAGCAGCAGCAGCAGCAGCAGCAGAUGCCUCGGGGCGGCCAGGAGGAGAAGGAGGAGAAGGAGAAGGAGAAGGAGGCGGAGAAGGAGGAGGAGAAGCCCGACCUGGACCAGGACCGGGAGGAGCUGGCCAAGGAGAAGACCGAGGAUACUUCUGGGGAGGACAACGAUGAGAAGGAGGCCGUGGCCUCCAAAGGCCGCAAAACUGCCAACAGCCAGGGCCGCCGCAAAGGCCGCAUCACGCGCUCCAUGGCCAACGAGGCCAGCCACGAGGAGGCUGCGACCCCUCAACAGAGCGCCGAGCUGGCUUCCCUGGAGAUGAACGAGAGCUCUCGCUGGACCGAGGAGGAGAUGGAGACGGCCAAGAAAGGUCUCCUGGAGCAUGGCCGGAACUGGUCGGCCAUCGCCCGGAUGGUGGGCUCCAAGACCGUGUCCCAGUGUAAGAACUUCUACUUCAACUACAAGAAGCGGCAGAACCUGGACGAGAUCCUGCAGCAGCACAAGCUGAAGAUGGAGAAGGAGAGGAAUGCCCGGAGGAAGAAGAAGAAAGCCCCGGCCGCGGCCAGUGAGGAGACGGCCUUCCCGCCCGUGGUGGAGGACGAGGAGAUGGAGGCCUCGGGCGCCAGUGGGAACGAGGAGGAGAUGGCAGAGGAGGCCGAAGCUGUGCCCGCCUCUGGCAGUGAGGUGUCCCGAGGGGAAUGCAGCGGCCCAGCCGCCGUCACCAACGGCUCCGACACAGAGAGCGUCCCCUCUCCACGCGCCGAGGCUGCCAAGGACCUGGGGCAGAACGGGCCCCAAGCCCCACCUGCCCUGGGUGCCGAGGGGACGCCCACCGAGCCACCCACCCCUCCACCUGAGGACGCCCCGGCCCCCGCCCAGCCCGCCCCAGCCGUGGACGCCAGUGGCCCCCCCACGCCCCCACCAGCUCCCUCGUCACCCACUGCACCCCCUCCUGUGGCCCCCGAGGAGGAGAAGGAGGAGGAGACCACCGCGGCACCCCCAGCGGAGGACGGAGAGGAAGAGAAGCCCCCUGCAGCUGAGGAGCCCGAGGGGGAUGCGGGGAAGAUGGAAGAGUCUGGGUCGGUGCCUGAGGAGCCCGUCCAGGCUGACCGAAAGGAGGAGGCCGAGGAGGAAGACCCGGACAAGGCCCGGGGUGCAGAGGCCAGCACGGAGGCUGUGCCCGCGGGGCCACUCAAGGCGGAGAAGAAGGAGGGCGGGGGCGGCAGAGCCCCUGCCAGGGCCUCGGGCGCCCCCCAGGACAGCGACUCCAGCGCCACGUGCAGCGCAGACGAGGCAGACGAGCCUGAGGGAGGAGACAAGCACCGGCUGCUGUCCCCGAGGCCCCGUCUCCUCACUCCGACCAGUGACCCCAGGGCCAACACGUCACCCCAGAAGCCUCUGGACCUGAAGCAGCUGAAGCAGCGGGCGGCCGCCAUCCCCCCCAUUCAGGUCACCAAGGUCCUCGAGCCACCCCGGGAGGAGCCGGCGCCCCCCACCCCGCAGCACCUGCCUCCGGAGUGCGACAGCCCCCCGCAGCCCUGCGGCAGCCCUCGAGGCUGCGGCAGCAGGAGCCCCGCGCCCCCCCGCGAGCAGGAGGAGAAGCCUGCAUUUUUCCCAACCUUCGCGGCCGAGGGCCAGAAGUUGCCCGCAGAGCCCCCUUGCUGGACCUCGGGCCUGCCCUUCCCCGUGCCCCCUCGGGAGGUGAUCAAGGCCUCCCCGCACGCCCCAGACCCCUCCGCCUUCGCCUAUGCUCCACCCGGUCACCCGCUGCCCCUGGGCCUCCAUGACAGCGCCCGGCCAGUUCUGCCACGCCCUGCCACCGUCUGCAACCCGCCGCCCCUCAUCUCCUCCAGGCACCCUGGCGUCCUCGAGAGGCACUUGGCUGCCACCUCCCAGGUAUGUGGCAGGGUGGACGGCAGUGCUCUGACGCGGGACCCCUGUGACCCCCCUGCCCUGCAGGGAGUGUCUGUCCAGCUCCACGUCCCGUACUCAGAGCACGCCAAGGCCCCCGUGGGCCCCGUCGGCGUGGGGCUGCCUCUCACCGUGGACCCCAAGAAGCUGGCACCUUUCAGUGCAGUAAAGCAGGAGCAGCUUUCCCCACGGGGCCAGGCUGGUCCCCCCGAGAGCCUGGGAGCACCUACAGCCCAGGAGAUGUCUGUGCUGAGAGGGACAGCCCUGGGCUCGGUCCCAGGCGGGAGCAUCACCAGAGGCAUCCCCAGCACACGGGUGCCCUCCGAGAGCCCCAGCACCUACCGGGGCUCCAUCACCCACGGCACCCCAGCUGAUGUCCUGUACAAGGGCACCAUCACCAGGAUCAUCGGUGAGGACAGCCCAAGUCGCCUGGACCGGGCCCGGGAAGACAGCCUGCCCAAGGGCCACGUCAUCUACGAAGGCAAGAAGGGCCACGUCCUGUCCUACGAGGGUGGCAUGUCUGUGUCGCAGUGCUCCAAGGAGGACGGCCGGAGCAGCUCAGGGCCACCCCACGAGACGGCCGCCCCCAAGCGCACCUACGACGUGAUGGAGGGCCGGGUGGGCAGAGCCAUCCCCUCAGCAGGCAUCGAGGGUCUCAUGGGCCGGGCCAUCCCUCCCGAGCGGCACAGCCCCCACCUCAAGGAGCAGCACCACAGCCGAGGCUCCAUCACGCAAGGGAUCCCACGGUCCUACGUGGAGGCCCAGGAGGACUACCUGCGCCGGGAGGCCAAGCUCCUGAAGCGCGAGGGCACGCCGCCGCCACCCCCACCGCCGCCGCGGGACCUGGCCGAGGCCUACAAGACCCGGCCCUUGGAGGCCCUGGGCCCCCUGAAGCUGAAGCCGGCCCAGGAGGGCCUGGUGGCCACCGUGAAGGAAGCCGGCCGCUCCAUCCACGAGAUCCCCCGCGAGGAGCUGCGGCGCACGCCCGAGCUGCCCCUGGCCCCACGGCCGCUCAAGGAGGGCUCCAUCACACAGGGCACCCCCCUGAAGUACGACUCGGGCGCGUCCUCCACCGGCACCAAGAAGCACGACGUGCGCUCCAUCAUCGGCAGCCCUGGCCGCACCUUCCCACCGGUGCACCCGCUGGACGUGAUGGCGGAUGCCCGGGUGCUGGAGCGCACCUGCUACGAGGAGAGCCUGAAGGGCCGGCCGGGCACCGUGGGCAGCGCCGGGGGCUCCAUCACCCGCGGGGCCCCAGUCAUCGUGCCCGAGCUGGGCAAGCCGCGGCAGAGCCCCCUGGCCUACGAGGACCACGGGGCCCCCUUCGCCAGCCACCUGCCCCGUGGCUCGCCCGUGACCACCCGGGAGCCCACACCACGCCUGCAGGAAGGCAGCCUGUCCUCCAGCAAGGCGUCCCAGGACCGGAAGCUGACCUCGACGCCCCGAGAGGUGGCCAAGAGCCCACACAGCACGGUGCCCGAGCACCACCCACACCCCAUCUCGCCCUACGAGCACCUGCUGCGGGGCGUGAGCGGCGUGGACCUGUACCGAGGGCACAUCCCGCUGGCCUUCGACCCCACCUCCAUACCCCGCGGGAUCCCUCUGGAAGCAGCCGCUGCCUACUACCUGCCCCGGCACCUGGCCCCCAACCCCACGUACCCGCACCUGUACCCGCCGUACCUCAUCCGCGGCUACCCGGACACGGCGGCGCUGGAGAACCGCCAGACCAUCAUCAACGACUACAUCACCUCGCAGCAGAUGCACCACAACGCCGCCAGCGCCAUGGCCCAGCGCGCCGACAUGCUGCGGGGCCUCUCGCCCCGGGAGUCCUCGCUGGCGCUCAACUACGCCGCCGGCCCGCGAGGCAUCAUUGACCUGUCCCAAGUGCCACACCUGCCAGUGCUGGUGCCCCCGACACCAGGCACCCCCACGGCUGCCGUGGACCGCCUGGCCUACCUGCCCACGGCGCCCGCGCCCUUCAGCAGCCGGCACAGCGGCUCCCCGCUGUCCCCAGGAGGUGCCUUGACCAAGCCCGCGGGCGCAGCCUCGUCGGAGCGGGAGCGGGAUCGGGAUCGCGAGCGGGACAAGUCCAUCCUCACGUCCACGGCGACGGUGGAGCACGCGCCCAUCUGGAGACCCGGUACCGAGCAGAGCAGCAGCAGCAACGGCAGCGGCGGCCGCCCCGCCCCCCACCCCCACCAGCUCUCGCCCAUCUCCCCCCGGACGCAGGACGCCCUGCAGCAGAGGCCCAGCGUGCUGCACAACGCAGGCCCGAAGGGCACCGCCGCCUCCCUGGAGUCCAGCACGCCCACGGUCCUGAGGUGCACCUCCACCUCCUCACCCGUCCGCCCAGCUGCCAGCUUCCCCCCCGCCACCCACUGCCCGCUGGGUGGCGCCCUCGAUGGGGUCUGCCCAACCCUGAUGGAGCCGGUCCUGCUGCCCAAGGAGGCGCCACGGGCCCCACGGCCGGAGCGGCCCCGCGCGGACGCCGGCCACGCCUUCCUCCCUAAGCCCCUGGCCCGCGAGCCUGCCUCCUCCCCCGGCAAGAGCUCCGAGCCCCGGCCCCUCGCGCCCCCCGGCUCCAGCCACGCGGCCACCGCCCGCGCCCCAGCCAAGAGCCUCGCAGCCCAGCACGCCAGCCCGGACCCGCCGGCCCCGCCCGCCUCGGCCUGCGACGCGCACCGGGAAAAGACUCAAAGUAAACCCUUUUCCACCCAGGAUCUGGAGCUGCGCGCUCUGGGUAAGACCACCCUGACAGCGGCCACCUUCAUAGACGCGAUAAUCAUGCGUCAAAUUGCUCACGAUAAGGGGCCGCGAGAAGGAGGUUCGCUGGCCAACGACUCCCCUCGCGAUGGCUACCACGGUGGGUACAGCCCCGAGGGGGUGGAGCCCAUCAGCCCAGUAAGCUCGCCCAGCCUGACCCACGACAAGGGGCUCCCCAAGCACCUGGAGGAGCUGGACAGGAGCCACCUGGACGCCGAGCUGCGACACAAGCAGCCAGGCCCCGCGAAGCUCGGCCCAGAGGCCGCCCACCUCCCACACCUGCGGCCACUGCCCGAGAGCCAGUCCGUGUCCAGCCCGUUGCUCCAGACUGCCCCUGGGGUCAAAGGUCACCAGCGGGUGGUCACCUUGGCACAGCACAUCAGCGAGGUGAUCACGCAGGACUACACCCGCCACCACCCGCAGCAGCUCAGCGCGCCCCUCCCCGCCCCCCUCUACUCCUUCCCUGGAGCCAGCUGCCCCGUCCUGGACCUCCGCCGCCCACCCGGUGAUCUCUACCUCCCACCCCCCGACCAUGGCGCCCCGGCCCGCGGGUCCCCCCACAGCGAAGGGGGCAAGAGGUCUCCAGAGCCAAGCAAGACGUCAGUUCUGGGCAAUGAGGACAGCAUUGAACCUGUGUCCCCACCGGAGGGCAUGACAGAACCAGGCCACCCCCGGAGUGCCAUCUACCCCCUGCUAUAUCGGGAUGGGGAGCAGGCAGAGCCCAGCAGGAUGGGCUCCAAGUCCCCAGGGAACACCAGCCAGCCGCCAGCCUUCUUCAGCAAGCUGACUGAGAGCAACUCGGCCAUGGUCAAGUCGAAGAAGCAGGAGAUCAACAAGAAGCUGAACACGCACAACCGGAACGAGCCGGAAUACAAUAUUGGCCAGCCCGGGACAGAGAUCUUCAACAUGCCCGCCAUCACCGGAGCAGGCCUCAUGACCUGUAGAAGCCAGGCGGUGCCGGAGCACGCCAGCACCAACCUGGGGCUGGAGGCCAUAAUUAGAAAGGCUCUCAUGGGUAAAUAUGACCAGUGGGAGGAGCCCCCGCCGCUCGGCGCCAAUGCUUUUAACCCUCUGAGUGCCAGUGCCAGUCUGCCCGCUGCCGCUAUGCCCAUAACUGCUGCUGACGGACGGAGCGACCACACGCUCACCUCGCCAGGUGGAGGCGGGAAGGCCAAGGUCUCUGGCAGACCCAGUAGCCGAAAAGCCAAGUCCCCAGCCCCGGGCCUGGCGUGCGGGGACCGGCCGCCCUCUGUCUCCUCGGUGCACUCAGAGGGAGACUGCAACCGCCGGACACCGCUCACCAGCCGUGUGUGGGAGGACCGGCCCUCGUCUGCAGGUUCCACACCCUUCCCCUGCAACCCGCUGUUCAUACGGCUGCAGGCGGGCGCCAUGGCCUCCCCGCCCCCGCCAGGCCUCCCUGCGGGCAGUGGGCCCCUGGCCGGCCCGCACCACGCCUGGGACGAGGAGCCCAAGCCUCUGCUGUGCUCACAGUACGAGACGCUCUCCGACAGCGAGUGACUCCAGACGGGCAGCAGGAGCCCCAGGCGAGGCCUGGCAGGGUGGCCUCCGACGCGCCCGCCAAGGAAAGAGCCCCGAGUCUGCCUGCGCGUCCAUCCGUCCGUCUGUCCACCCGAGCUGGCAUCCUCGCCUGUCUAAAGCCUUAACUAAGACCCCGACUCCGGCUGGCCCUGCACAGUGACCUUACUCAGGGCACGUUCACCUGGUGCUCGGGAGGGGAGGGGAGGGGAGGGCAGCAGGCCCGGGAGGGGGCACAGUGAGCGCAUGGUGACCACAUGCACGCGGCCGGGGCCACCAGGGACCCGAAAGGAUGACCAGGCUCCUCCAUGCCACUGCCUCCCCCCUUAAUGCAUUUGGAACCAAAGUCUAAACUGAGCUAGCAGCCCCUGCCCCCUGCCUCCCAUCCUGCUUAGUGCUCUGGACAGACGGACACAGCCCUGUCUAGCCUCCAGCACUCUCGUCACAGUCCCCUUUGGCUGCCCCAUGAGACUGCUGGAAACCAAGUCAGACCAGGCGGGCAGACGAAAGGGCCAGGUGCGGCCUGGGGCAAGCGGAUGCUCCAAGGAACUGGACUGUUUCCUUCACGCCCGUUGCCGCAGCGUGGGAAGGAAAGGCGGUGUAAAUGAUGUAUGGGUUUACAGGGUAUAUUUUUGAUACCUUCAGUGAAUUAAUUCAGAUGUUUUAUGCAAAGAAGGACUCACCCAGUAUUAUUGCUGCUGUGCUUUCGAUCUCUGCUUACGUUGGAGAGGUGUGUGCAGGCCAACAGUCGGUGAUCCCAUUGUCCACAGGACCCAGAGGGCAGGGGCCGCCGGCUCACAAGCCCCUGUGCCCUCCCUCCCUCCCUUCCUUGGGCAGAACAAAUUUGAUGCGUGUUCUGUGGCCACCAUCUGCGCAUGGUGGUGGCUCUCUGUCAUUUACACACAUUGUUCUAAUUAAAAGCAAAUCAUAC